GAUCUCGUCUUGACAGAUGAGGUGAAGGGCGUCAUUGCUGCAGUAGGCCGCAGAGAUCCCACCGCUGCCCUAGCAGCGCUAGGUCCCGAGGCGAAGGAACUCGUGGAAGCUCUGAAGAUUCGGGAGAUCAUCGCACCCGCAGGACUCGAGGCAAGUCCCUCCACCACAGCAGCUCCAGAAAAUGGUAUGUCUGCCCUCACGCAGAUUUUGCGCUCCAUUGAAUGCAUGCAGCGCUACAACGCGACGAGUGUCAGAC